CUUUAUAACAAGUUUUGACUCGUGGAAUUGAUAGUUUAGCUAAUUGGGCAACAAAUUACAAAACAAACGCAUUAAUGGCGGCGAUGAAGAAAUCAGCUGUGAUAUACCACUAUCCGUGUCCAGACGGCGCCUUCGCCGCCUUGGCCGCCCACCUCUACUUCUCCCACUCUCCGGCCGCCGCCUCUCCUCCACCCCUUUUCUUCCCGAACACCGUCUACUCUCCUCUCAGAGCCGAGGAUUUACCAUGCGAUGAAAUCGAAAGCGUCUACCUUCUCGAUUUUGUGGGCCCGCCCGGUUUCGUCCAGCAGCUAUCUCCUAAAGUUGGAAGGAUCGUGGUCCUAGAUCAUCACAAGACUGCACUAGAGACGUUGGGUUCGGGUGCAUCAGAUAGUGGAAAUGUGACUAAAGUGAUUGAUAUGGAGAGGAGUGGAGCAACUAUAGCUUAUGACUAUUUCAAGGAGAAACUCUUUGGCGGGGGAGCCAACAGUGCCAAAGGCACUGCCUUUGGUGAAUUUCGGAGGAUGAGGAGAAUGUUUGAGUAUAUCGAGGAUGGUGAUUUGUGGAGGUGGUGCCUUCCUAGUAGCAAGGCGUUUAGCAGUGGCUUGAAAGAUUUGAACCUUGAAUUUAAUGUCAAAUUGAAUCCCUUCUUGUUCCAACAAUUGCUCUCGUUAGACCUUGACACAUUAAUAAAUCAAGGCAAGUCAAGCUUGACGCAUAAACAGAGACUUAUAGAUGGGGUGCUUGAGCAGUCAUACAAAAUCACACUUGGUGGUGGAGCUUACGGGCAGUGCCUGGCUGUCAAUGCAGAUUCCAUACAGGGGUUAAGGAGUGAGCUUGGGAAUCAAUUAGCUAAUAAAAGCCUGAAGAUGAACUUAAGGGGGAUUGGAGCUGUUGUGUACAGGGUACCCGAGCUUGGAAAUGACCAACUUUUAAAAAUUAGCCUAAGGAGUACUCUGGAUGAGGACACUACACCCAUAUCUCAGAAAUAUGGAGGCGGAGGUCACAAGAAUGCCAGUUCAUUCAUGUUGGACUCCGAAGAAUUUCUAAAAUGGAAGGUUUCUGUUCGAUAAACUCGAUCUUUGGUGUGUGCAAACCCCACCCCCACAGUUAUUUAUUUAUUUAUUUUUUUAAAUGAAUAAGGAAAAUUUCAUUUCUUUCCCAUCAUAAAGUAUUUCUUGUAAUCAUAGUUGUUGUCUAAAUGCAUUUUCUACAUCAAUUUUUCUUGGUGCAUUGUUCUUGACCUCCUUCACAUUACAUCUGUCGGCGGUUCUGAUGUUUUUCAUGAUAGAGAUAUGACUGAAAACUCCCAAUUCGACUGUGAUUUUUAUAGUGAAAGUAUACGUUUUCAUGAAUCGUAUAUAUCAUAUAUAUUAUCUUCCGUUGAAAUUUUAAGCUAUGAUGUUAACUUUUG